UGCUGCCCUUUUAAACUACACCUGACCUUUCUGAGGACGUCACAGUGGAGUGGACUCGCACUCAACCCAAACUCAUGACGGUCCACGUGUAUGAGAGUGGAAACAAUCAGCCGCAUAAACAAGACCAGGGCUACAGAGGUCGCACAGAGAUGAAGGAAGAUCCACUGAGAACUGGAGACUUCAGUCUGACCCUGAAAGACUUCUACCUCACUGACAGUGGACGCUACACCUGCACCGUCUACAACAAGGAUGGGAACGUGCUGCUACAGAAAUCAGUGACUCUCGCUGUCAGAGUUCCUCCUCCAGAGUGGGUGGAGGUGUUGGUAGUGACCGAAGGAGAGGAGUCUGUCCUGCUGCCCUUUAAGACCACACCUGACCUUCCUCAGGACGUCACAGUGGAGUGGACUCUCACUCAACCCAAACCCAUGAAGGUCCACGUGUAUGAGAGUGGAAACAAUCAGCCAGAUAAACAAGACCAGGGUUACAGAGGUCGCACAGAGAUGGAUGAAGAUCCACUGAACACUAAAGACCUCAGUCUGACCCUGAAAGACCUCCGCCUUACUGACAGUGGAGUCUACACCUGCACCGUCUACAACAAGGACGGACACAUGCUGCUACAGAAAGAAGUGACUCUCAAUGUCACAGUUCCUCAGACAAAGAUGUUGGAGGUAACACAGGGUGAAAGGUCUGUCCUGCUGCCCUUUAAGACCACACCUGACCUUCCUCAGGACGUCACAGUGGAGUGGACUCUCACUCAACCCAAACCCAUGAAGGUUCACAUGUAUGAGAGUGGAAAAAAUCAGCCAGAUAAACAAGACCAGGAUUACAGAGGUCGCACACAGAUGAACGAAGAUCGAGUGAAAAAUAAAGACCUCAGUCUGACCCUGAAAAACCUCCACUUUACUGACCGUGGAGUCUACACCUGCACCGUCUACAAUAAGGAUGUGCAGCCUCACACAUAAACGCACAAGCAGUUCAGCUCCGAGUCAGAGAAACACUGAAAACAGGAGGAUCUGUUUGUUUUUUGCUUCUUUUUUUCUCUCAGUUUCUCAGACAGAGGUGGUUGAGGUGACACAAGGAGAGACGUCUGUCCUUCUACCCUUUACAACCACACCUGACAUUCCUGAGGACGUCACAGUGGAGUGGACUCUCACUGAACCACAACAAAUGAAGGUCCACGUGUAUGAGAGUGGAAACAAUCAGCCAGAUAAACAGGACCAGGAUUACAGAGGUCGCACAGAGAUGAAAGAAGAUCCACUGAGAAAUAAAGAUCCUGGUGUUAUUUGUCUCUCAGAAACAGUUCAUAACUUCCCUUCAACUCAUUCAUGUGACCUAAAAGGUAAACCUGUUUCUCCAUCACCUGUUCAGCUCUGAUGAUUCAGUAAGGACAUCUCCUGGUUUCAUCUUUGUGUUUCCCUCUCACCAGAUAACCAAACCGACAUCAUGACC